GCCCCCGUGUCUGUAACAGCCGAGAGAGAACAAGUGAUUGAUUUUACCAACCCUUACUAUGAUUAUGCGGGUUUACAGAUCCUGAUGAGCGGCACCAUUGCUUCUAGCUCAAUGUUUGGAUUUGUGGACGUCUUUGACGGGCCUGUGUGGCUAGCCUGGUUCGGUUUCCUUGGUCUGACGGGUAUUAUGCUUUAUGUGUUUCACAUCCUGGUCUACCGAGUGUUUUCCAAAGAAAAGGAAAAAGAUAAGGACAAGGUGUUUACUAUCAGCGACACACUUUGGUUUCUUAUAUCUUCUAUUACCAUAUAUGGGCCAGACAAAACCCCCGGCACAUUUGCAGGAAGGGUGUUAGUAAUUGGAUUCUGGUUCUUUUGUCAAAUAAUGAUGGCGACAUACACAGCCAACCUUGCUGCAUUUAUGACAUCCAAACGUCUAACAACUGAAAUCCAUUCCAUAAACGAGCUAGCCUCUCAGAAUUCUAUUAAAUAUUCUGCAUUAGCUGGGUCUGUCAGUGAAGCUUACUUUUCCCGUAUGAAAGGCAUUGAAGAGAACUUCUUCGAGCUGUGGAAGAAUAUGAGUUACGCGAAGAGUAACGAUAGAAAUGACCUCACUGUGUGGGACUAUCCCCUCGAUGACCUUUAUUCCAGAAUGUUUUCUCAAAUCAAUGAAACGGGUUUUCUCAAAACAUCUAAGGAGGGCGUGGAUCGUGUUCUUUCGGAAGGAUUUGCAUUUAUCCACGAGACACCGAUGAUAAAGUAUGAAAUGACAAAGUACUGCAAUUUGAUCACCGUCGGAGAGGUUUUUAGUGCGAAACCUUAUGCAUUUGUUCUACAGGAAAAUUCGCCCCUAAAGGACGCAUUCAAUGCAAAAAUACUUGAACUUCAAGCCGAUGCAUACUUUGAACAAAGGAAGGAGGUGUGGUGGUCUAAAUCGGUAUCGUGUCCAAAGGAAGACGAUUCCACCACGGGACUCCCCUUCAAGAACCUCAGCGGAGUCUUCAUCCUAACAGGAGCGGGGUUCGCCACGGGGUUCCUGAUGCUUGGAAUUGAAUGUAUUGUGUUCAAAUGGAAAAAGAGAAAGGAAUCGCGUGAAAAACCACCUAAAGAGGCAUACAGCAAACCUAAGUACCCCCUCAUACCCCGCCUAACAUCGCUGAGGUCAUUGUUCAUGAAAAGCAAGAAAACAACAUCAACCAUGGAUCUAACUAUUUCGGAGGUGGAUUAAUGAUAUACAUGUACAUGUACUGUAAAAUACUUGACCAGGUUGUGCGUGGGAUAUUUUUAUUAUAUAUCUAAUAUGAAAAAAAAUACUGUUCAAUUUGUUGAUUAGUCUAAUAGACAACUGGUGCUUUUGAACGUAUGACCGUUUUAUCGAUCCCUUUGUCUCAUUGAUUACUUUUAUAUUUACAAAGUUUUGUAGAUAAAAAAAAUUUCUAUGUCUAAUGAUUUAUUGCUCAGUAAAAUUUGAAAUGGG